UGCGGACCGGAGCAUUCAUCGGACAAGCGACAUUGGUCCUACGCAUCUGGAAUCACCUUGACAACCAUUGCAGUCUCCAGCAUAUUUUUUCAGCGGCAGUGCCUUGCAGCAAGGGCGAGCGGAAUCAGGCCACCAGAACAGUAGCCGAUCUUUACUGUACUGAAAGCGCGUUUGCAUCCUCUUUCUGGAUCACCUGAUAUGGCAGAUCCCGGCCACGCGUCAUACUCAGAACCUCACCACCACUAUGAAAGUGACCCGAACCGGCGGCUCUCCCAGGAAGCGCCACACGGCCUGGGAGAGACCGAAGAGCAGCACGCGCGCCACGCCGAUAUUCCGGAGAAGAAGCUCUGGGGAAUGGAUCGUCAAACCGAGACUGUAGUCUUCUACAUCUUCUUCAUCAUCAGCCUUUGCUUGUUGAUCACUGCUGCGGCACUGGGCUCUGUAGGGCAUUCUUGGAGCGGGCCGUUCGUUGGCGUCUUCACGGCUUUUGCUGUUUUCCAUUGGGCGGCGUGGCUGCAGACUGCAGUUGGCAUGUGCCAGCGUGCUAGUUGGGUAAGGGACGAGGCGGACUUGGGAACUAGGAGGCAAUUCCUGUUUCUUGCUGUUAGGCUCAACCGGAUGAUGCUGCCCACUGCGUUGGUAGGCUUCGUAGUCUUCCUCUACGCCUAUGCCCGACGUUGGCACCUGAAGGACCUGGCUUACUGGCUACUAUUUCUUCUCACCUUCAUUUGGAAUACGGUUUUCUCGGUCAUGAAUGCCUAUAACAACAUCACGUGGGAAUCUGACCGGCUGGAGUACGAGGAAGGGGACCAUCUGUAUCGCAUCAGCCGACUGGCAAUCUUCGGCAUUCCAAGCCCGAGGCUGAAAGAAGGGAAGGAAGAAAAGCACUCUUGAUUAUGCGCUCGUACAUCGCUUCACAUCAUCGCGUCA